AUCGACUCGACCAAGAUUGUGCUCGGAUCCAGGGCACCAGUCAGGGUGUGAUACUAGUCGUCCAGCGAGGAUUACAGUUCGUGCUAAUGGGAGAAUGAAUCUCUUCAAAAAGCUUAAGUCAUUCCGAGGCCCAUAUCACAUCCGUGGAUGACAUGUCUUCUCGGUGGAGUCGACGCAAUUCAUCCAGCCGAGGUGCAGCGAUCGAGUUCAUGUUUCAUCUCGAUGGCGGAGAAUUCAACAGAGAAUCACGGCCUAGCCAUGGCCUACAUGGGGGUAUAAAAGAUGUCGCUAGGUCUCUUCGUUUCUUUCGCAGCAAGCUCAACCUCUUCAGUCCCUACAGUCACUCGUUAUCACUUCAUCAGUCACCAUGCAUCUCAAGAAGUCCGUCGUCCUGGCCGGAGUGGCCAUGAUCCCUGUGGCCUGCGCUGUGCCCACAAAGCGAGCUACCGCCGAUACCGCUGAAUGGACGGAGCUUCACCGGGCUGCGCAGCUUGCCUCCGCCGCAUACACUGGCUGUAUCGGCACCGCAUUUGAUGUGACCAUCACGAAGCAGCUGAAUGAUCUGGUCACAGAUACCCAGGGCUUCAUCGGCUACUCCACAGAGAAGAAGCGCAUCACGGUUGCCAUGCGAGGCUCAACCACUGCCACUGACAUCGCCAACGACGUUGACACCACAUUGGUGACACCCAGCCUUUCCGGCAUCAAUUUCCCGUCGGGCGCCCAGAUCAUGCAUGGCAUUUACUCGCCCUGGUCCUCAGUUCACGACACGGUCAUCUCCGAGGUCAAGACCUUGGUGGAAAAGUACCCGGAUUAUGAUUUAGAAUCCACCGGCCACUCUUUGGGCGGGUCCCUGACGUACAUGUCGUACAUUGCGUUGACGCAGAACUUCCCGGAGAAGACAGUCAUUAGCAAUGCGCUGGCAGCGUACCCGAUCGGCAACUCCGCCUUUGCAGAGUUUGGCACUUCACAAAAUGGCACAUUGAACCGGGGUAACAAUGCUGGCGACGGUGUCCCGAACAUGUACAUCAUGUGGCCUUAUGACUUUGUCCACUAUGGAACGGAAUACUACAGCUCCGGGACUCAGAGCAGCACCGUCAAGUGCAGCGGCGAGCGGGACACCCAGUGCUCUGCAGGCAACGGCAUGUUGGGUGUCACUGCAGGCCACUUCUCCAACUUUGCCAUUUCAAUGGGAAUGGCAGGCUGCAGCGCUUCGCUGUUGUAG